AUGGCUGCUACCCAGUCUGCAUACUCACACAAUGAGUGUGGCCUUCGACCAUCUUUUGAGUCCUUUCUGUGGACUGGCAAGAGGAUCACAGGUGGGAGAUAUGCCAAGGCUGGAGAGUUCCCAUGGCAAGUGAGCAUCCAGAGCAAUGGGAAACACAUCUGUGGAGGCAGCAUAAUCAGUGCGUUGUGGAUCCUGACUGCGGCCCAUUGCUUUGCAGAUGAAGUGCCACCAGAUAUUAAGAUUGUAAUGGGAGCAGUUGACCUUGACCUCCCACUGGAAGUACGUGAGCCAAGCAAGUUGAUCCUCCAUGAAGACUUUGACCGAAUAACCUUGAAGCACGAUAUUGCUCUGAUCAUGCUCAACUAUCCCAUUGAAUUCAGCAAUGAGAAAAUCCCCAUCUGCUUUCCCUACAUGGAUGACAUCAGUUCAUGGCAACACUGCUGGGUUGCUGGAUGGGGAAUGACAGGUGCAGUGUCAUCAUCCCACGUGCUGCAGAAAGCGAGGAUGAAGCUUAUCAGCCGGGAGGAGUGCUUGGACCAGAUACCAAAGCUACCAAAGGAUAUGUUAUGCAUUGAGCUGGAGCAAGGAUCCUGCCAGGUGGACAGUGGGGGACCCCUGGUUUGCAGUUACUGGAACACCAUGAAGUGGUUUCAGGUCGGCGUCAUCAGCUGGGGAGACAAUUGUGCAGCAAGGCCAUAUUAUCAGUUCUACACUUCUGUCUAUAACUACUAUGAGUGGAUCAAGACUGAGACAGCCAUGACGGGGAAACCUUUCUUAAUCGAAGGCAUAGCUAAACAUGUUGUGAGUACCACAGAGGUUCAUUCUGAGGCCAAAGCUCAGCUGGUGUUUCUUGAGUCUGCUGUCCUUUUAUUUGCUUCUCAAGUGGCAAUUGGAUUAUUCUAG